UCAGGUUCAUCGACGCUCCGCACGCGCUGCCGCGAAUUCUUCAGUGCUGCAAACCCAAGACGCGUCUUUUUCGGACCCACAAAAAAUCAAACAAAAAUAUAUAGAAAAUAUAUCCGAACGUAACGUAAUCUUCGUAGUGGACCGCUUGCAGACUCCCCCUCCAGCCCGCCAACUCAGUAAGACUCCUUCUCGCUCUCCGCGAAGAGAGUUGCAGUGGUUGGUUUGGAUAGGUAUAGGUCUUGGUGGUUGUGGUUCGGUGGUGCCGUCGCUGCUGCCGAAGCUCUGCCGACGACGACGACGACGCCGACGACGACGCCACGUCGGGAAAACCAACCUCUUGCAGUGAAAAUCUUUUCGUACGUUUUCGUUAUUUGUUAUUCGCACGUUGACGCGACGAGACCGCGAAACACGACAGCACGAAGCUGCAGCAACUGCAACUGCAACAGCGAUCGCGCGUGCAACAACAGCAAAUUGCAAAUCUAUAUAGUGGCUAUAGUCGCAAAUAAAAUAGUAAUAUUCGUAAAACUAAACUCGCCAAAUCAGUUGAAACCAAGUGAAAAGUGUGUGUCUUACCAGCCCAUUAAGUAAUAUAAAUCAAUUAAAGCCGCAAAACAACACACAAUAAGCCAAACACGCAAACGCAGCAUAAGCACAAAUAAUACAUAGAAAAAAAGAAGUGUGAUAUUUUGAUAUUAGCAAUUAGAGUUUACACAACAUAACGCAGCCUACAAAAAAAUAUUUGUUAAAUGUGUUGUUUGCCAACCCGAAGGCAAAAGCUACAAAUUGGAUAAUGCUUGGAUAAUUCCGCUCCUACAAAAAACCUAAAGACUAUGCCAGAUCUGCAGCGAUUGGACGACACGGCCACCGUCUAAGUCACAGAGUCCCAAAAGUCUCGCCAGGUAGCGAAGAAGAAUCCCAGGCCACGCAGGCUGGAUACCCUGUGGCCAGAGGUGCCGAGGCCAUCGCAGCUGCAAAAGCAGCCAGCCCAAUCCCAACCAGAAGCCUCCAGUGCGCCGGAGCAGUCGCCGCUAAAGCCGCAAAAAGUUGACCUCAUGACGAUGGCAGAAGGCACCGACCCCAUGGGGCAUGGUCACCACACGAAUCCGCACAAUCCGCCCCAGCAGCCGCCGCAGCACCACCCGCACCACCUGCCCCUGCCCCACCCCCCGCCGGCACCGCCGCCGCAGCUCCUCAACUUCAACCACCACCAGCAGCAGUAUCUACCCCACAUGUAUCCAGCGGCAGCGGCAGCCGCCCAAUCCCACUCCCACUACGCCGGCCUGCAGUAUCCCCAUCCCCAUCCACAUCCACAUGCGCUGCAGCACCAGCACCAUCCCCACCAGCAUCCGCAUCAGCAGCACCAGCACCACUUGCCGCUGGCCCUGAGCCUGCACCAGCAGGCGGCUGCUGCCGCUGCAGUGGCUGCAGCGGUGGCCACCAACCACUCCAGCAACAACAACAACAAUCAGGCCAGCGUGGCCAACAACAACAUAGUGGUGCCAUGGAAGCAGCGCAAGCGCAAGAGGCUCUCAGCGGUGCUGGACAAGCUGCACCACAAUAAUAAUAACAACAACAGCAACAAUAAUAACAAUGAGACCCACUCCAAUGGCAUGGCCUGCAAGGCGGAGCCCAUGGAAAUGGACGAGGACCUGGCCGAAGAUGCCGAACAGGAUGAGGAUCACGAUGGGUCCGUGCCCGAUGAGGAGGAGGAGGGUUCCGUUGUUGGGGAUGCGGAUGGGGAUACCCCACCUGGCAAGUACAUCAAGAGCGAGCAGCCCGUCAGCGAGGACGAGGAGAACGAACCGGAAAUGGACCAGGAGAACGAGGACAUUUCCGGCGAGGAUCUCGAGCUGUCGCACAGCGAUGACAACGACCAGGACAGCCCCAGGAUCAGCAUGAGUCCACUGCAGCUGCAGGCCGCGCAGAGCAAUCUGCCCCAAGAUCAGAACCAGCCGAUGAACAAGGAGAAUCCGCUUCACGUGGACAUUAAGACUGAGAUCCCCAGCCCCUAUGAUAGGUAUUUCCCGAUACCAUCUCCACUGUUCGGCUACUACCUGCACACCAAAUAUCUGAACGAGGUGUUCCGCCGGCGCCAUGAUCUCUAUCCCUCGCCACUGCAGCACACCCCAUCCUCCAUAGCCUCCGAAACGGAGACCUCGCCCACAUCUCAGGAGCGCAAGAGCGGCUCCAACCACGUCUUGCCCCACGCCCUGUUGGCCAACAAUUCACCACCGCCAUCGCUGCCCUCGCCGCCGCGCAGCGAAUCCUCGGUGAGCAACAGUGUGGCCAACACCACCACCACCACCACCACUAGCAGCACCACCACCACCAAGAAGCGCAGCAGUCCCAAGCCCAAGGGCAAGAAGGGCGAGAAGAAGCCGAUGCCACCGCCGCAGGAGCGUCCCUUGGAUCUGUGCAUGCGCAACGAGGUGGAGGUGCCCAAGAAGUACAAAAAGUCCGGCUCGAAAUCCUCGAAAGAGUCGCAUUCGGCCGGUAUGAUGCCACCGCCGCCGGCUCUCAGUGCGGCCAGCAGCUUGGAGAGCAUGAGUGCCCUGUCCCCGGCAUCGAGUAGCCACUCGGGUCACAUGCCCAUCACCACCGCUGCCACGCCCAACCACCAGCCACCGCCCAAUUCCCCGUAUGCCAAUGCCAUGAACGCUGCCCACGCAGCGGCAGCGGCGGCGGCGGCAGCGAUGAUCAAGAUGGAGAUGCCGUUGCAUCCACUGCACCACCAGCAGAUGCACCACUCGCAAGUGCCCACCACCACCGUGGGUGUGCCGGUGAUCAAGGGCGACGUGGCCUCGCCCACAACCAAGGAGACGGUGGCCUGGCGCUACAAUCUGGACGUGUCCCCCGUCGUGGAGGAGAUGCCGCCCGGCUCGGAUGUGGCCUAUGUGUGCCCCACCUGCGGCCAGAUGUUCUCGCUGCACGACCGCCUGGCCAAGCACAUGGCCUCGCGUCACAAGUCCCGGAAUCCCGCCAACGAUAUUGCCAAAGCCUAUUCCUGCGACGUCUGCCGGCGGUCCUUUGCCCGCUCCGACAUGUUGACCCGCCACAUGCGCCUCCACACCGGCGUCAAGCCGUACACGUGCAAGGUGUGCGGUCAGGUGUUCUCCCGCUCCGACCACCUGUCCACCCACCAGCGGACCCACACCGGCGAGAAGCCCUACAAGUGCCCCCAGUGUCCGUAUGCCGCCUGUCGUCGCGACAUGAUCACCAGGCACAUGCGUACCCACACGCGCUACGAUUCCAGGGGCGGAUCUCGCGAGGGCAGGGAGGGACGCGAGGGCAAGGAGGGCCGCGAUUCGCGCAGAAGCAACGAGCGGUUGGAGGAGCCCAAGUCACCCGGCUCCCAUCCGCUGCUGGACAUGAAGAUGAACAUGAACAUGGGCAUGGGCAUGGGCAUGGGCCUCAACAUGGGCCUGCCCAUGAAUCCGAUGAGUCUGCUGCAGGAGGAGCUGCUGCAGAAGUCCCAGCCGGGCCUGACCCUGGGUGGACCCAUGCCGCUGGUGGUCAAGACGGAGAGCGCCUAACGGUAUCUGUAUGCAGCAGCAUCCAGGCCAUUUAUGACCUGUUAGGUAACAACCACCAUCCACAGACCCAGCUUAGUGCUACAGAAAAAUAUCUGAAAAAACAAAAGAAAAAAACAUAUUAACUAGAGCAGUUUGUACUUGUACCGGAAAUCUCUGCGAAGACUGAGGAACCUUAAUACUACCUACAGUUUAAAUAGGCUAAAGAAACACCAACUAAUUUUGUAAAAGAGAGCAGUUAGCAAGUUAGAGGGCAGCACUCAUGACCACCCAACGUAUUAGAAGUUUAACUAGUUCUAGUUGCUAGAUCCAUUCGCGUUACACGAACCCCCAGGAGUUUGGAUAGCCAGGAUCUUCGAUACAGCUAGCAUUUCCAUGUUCCACACACUUAGGCUAUACCACACUAUACAUAUAUAGAUAUAUAUAGAUAGAUAUAGAUAUGGGUCAGAUCCGGCCGAUGAUCUGAUCUCUCAGCAUUUUGAGCAACGUUGAAAUUACUAAGUUAGACUCGCUACAUAGGCUAAGUGGCACGCCGCAUUGGAUAAGGCAUUACUUUUGUACUCCUAAUUUUAAUUAACUCUUAAUUUAUUUGUAACAUUACUCAGCAGAAUGUAAACUUAUACCACAACGAUUUGUAUUAAUUUAAUUUUACCCUAUUUAAUUUAAAUUUAAUUUAAUUUAGUUUAAGGGAUGCCUGCACAAGAACACAAACAAAAGACAAAGAAUUCUCCCUAGGGCUCAAAAAAAACAAACAAAAAACAAAACAAACGAACGCUACACAAACUCAUUUCUAUGGAAAUCUUAAAUUUUAAAUGAAAAUGAAACACGCAAAAAAAAAUUACAAUUCCUUUUUUUUGUUCAACAAAAACACUGUUAAAUUUACAUUACCUUUGUAAUUGAUUUAAUGCUUGCUCCUCUAUUAUCUUACUACUUUUUGUUUUCAUGAAAUGAAAUAAAAACCUUUAAGUUUUCUUUAGUUUAUAAACCAUCUGUGGAUUGGACACACCUCACCCCUCUCCGACCCCCUCAAAGUGGGGGCACGUUAACCCGUUUCUGCCCCCCGGGGGUUGGAAUCAUCUUUCGUGGUCGUUUACAUGUUUCAAGUUAAAGUUUUUCGUUAUUUAUUAUAAAAAAAAAAUGAAACAAAGCCCCAACUCCCGCUUAUUGAUUAUUAGUUCUUAGCUAAACGUUUAAAUAAAUUAUUAAUUUAUGUUAUUCUAGUUGGUUAUGAUUAGCACUUAGUUAAAAACGUUUUUCACAAAAUAAAACAAAACAAAGUCAACACUGAUGGACAAUGUCAUACAAAACAGAA